CCACUGUUCCAAACGGAACAAUCCCAGCAGCUGGGAGAAACCAUAAAGAAACUUCUGCCCUCAAAGGGAGAUCCUCCACGAGGAGAAAAGGUAAGCAGAGAUAACCCUCAACAUUCCCACCCAGCUACAAGCUCCCCUUCCUUCUGCCAUGCCUCCUCAGCUGCACACUGGCCUGAACUGCACUGCUGACGUCGUCCAGGGAAGCAUGGACGGCUUGGCUCCGUCAGUGAGAGACUUCAUUGAGAGCAGUGCGCGGCUGUGCCAACCUGACAAGAUCCAUAUCUGUGAUGGCUCAGAGGAAGAGAAUGAGAAAAUCCUUGACUGUAUGGUGGGACAGGGAAUGAUCAAGAAACUCAAAAAAUAUGAGAACUGUUGGUUGGCUCUCACUGAUCCCAGAGAUGUGGCCAGGAUCGAAAGCAAAACCGUAAUUAUCACCCAGGAACAACGAGACACAGUACCGAUUCCCAAAGUAGGAAUUAGCCAGCUGGGUCGUUGGAUGUCUGAAGAAGAUUUUGAGAAAGCUUUUAAUGCUAGGUUUCCAGGAUGUAUGAAAGGUAGAACAAUGUACGUUAUCCCCUUCAGCAUGGGACCCAUCGGUUCUCCUUUGUCUAAGAUUGGCAUCGAGCUAUCCGAUUCGCCCUAUGUGGUGGCCAGCAUGAGGAUCAUGACCCGAAUGGGAACUCCAGUCCUGGAGGCUCUGGGCAGUGGGGAGUUUGUAAAAUGCCUUCACUCCGUUGGGUGUCCUUUACCCUUAAAAAAACCUCUGGUCAAUAACUGGCCCUGUAAUCCGGAUUUGACUCUCAUCGCUCAUAUCCCUGAUCGUAGAGAGAUUAUUUCAUUCGGAAGUGGAUAUGGCGGGAACUCUCUCCUGGGAAAGAAGUGCUUUGCGCUCAGGAUAGCAAGCAGAAUUGCCAAGGAAGAAGGCUGGCUUGCUGAGCACAUGCUGAUUUUGGGCAUCACAAAUCCUGAGGGUCAGAAAAAGUACUUUGCAGCAGCUUUUCCCAGUGCCUGUGGAAAGACCAACUUGGCUAUGAUGAACCCAACCCUCCCAGGGUGGAAAAUUGAGUGUGUUGGCGAUGAUAUUGCCUGGAUGAAAUUUGAUGGACAUGGUAAUUUAAGGGCUAUCAAUCCAGAAAAUGGAUUUUUUGGAGUUGCUCCUGGGACCUCAGUGAAAACAAAUCCCAAUGCAAUUAAGACUAUUCAGAAGAACACUGUCUUUACUAACGUAGCAGAAACGAGUGAUGGAGGCAUUUACUGGGAAGGCAUUGAUGAGCCUUUGGGACCUGAUGUUACUCUGACUUCCUGGAAAAACAAGGAGUGGACACCAGAGGAUGGGGAACCUUGCGCUCAUGCAAAUUCUCGAUUCUGCACACCGGCCAGCCAAUGCCCAAUUAUUGACCCAGCCUGGGAGUCUCCAGAAGGAGUGGCCAUUGAGGGUAUCAUCUUUGGAGGUCGCAGACCAUCUGGUGUACCUCUGGUGUAUGAAUCUUUGAACUGGCAGCAUGGAGUGUUUGUUGGGGCAGCAAUGAGAUCUGAAGCCACAGCAGCAGCUGAGCAUCAAGGCAAAAUUAUUAUGCAUGAUCCUUUUGCCAUGAGGCCUUUCUUUGGCUACAACUUUGGUAAAUACCUUUCCCACUGGCUAAGCAUGGCCCACCGCCCGGCAGCUAAGCUGCCUAAGAUCUUCCAUGUCAACUGGUUCCGGAAGGAUAAGGAAGGGAAAUUCCUGUGGCCUGGGUUUGGUGAGAACUCCCGUGUGCUGGAAUGGAUGUUCAAUCGAAUCAGUGGGGAAAAUUGUGCCAAAGUCACUGCCAUUGGCUAUAUUCCUUCUGAAAAUGCUUUAAACCUGAAGGGCCUGAGUGAUGUGAACAUGACAGAACUCUUCAGCAUCUCCAAGGAAUUCUGGGAGAAGGAGGUGGAGGAUAUUGAGAAAUAUUUUGAUGAGCAAGUCAAUGCUGACCUCCCUUAUGAAAUGGAAAGAGAAAUCCAUGCGUUGAAGCAAAGAAUAAACCAGUUGUAAUCCAAAGAUUUUUAGAAAAUGAUGAGUUUUCAGUCCAUGAGCAACAUAAACUAUCUAAUGAAAAGGUGGAUUUUAUUGAAUUGUCACUGCCAGUAGCACAAUAAUGAACGCAGUGAUAAGCAGGUAGUAGC